AUGAAAGCUACAGCAACCACCAACCCUUGGGACCAAGAACUGGAACUAGACAAUGAGUUACAAGGCACUAAUAGUUCUGGAUCGUUGGGUGGUCUUGAUGUUCGAAGACGAAUUCCUAUAAAGCUCAUCUCCAAACAAGGGAACAAAGCCAAAGCUUCACCUCGAACUCCACGGACUAUAAACAGGAUGCCUGCAAAGGCUCCAGCUGGUGAUGAAGAAGGAUUUGAUUAUAAUGAAGAGGAACGGUAUGACUGUAAAGGGGGUGAACUGUUUGGAAAUCAACGAAGAUUUCCUGGACACCUUUUUUGGGACUUUCAGAUAAACAUCUUAGGUGAAAAGGAUGAUACUCCAGUUCAUUUCUGUGACAAAUGUGGAUUACCUAUUAAAAUUUAUGGGCGAAUGAUUCCAUGCAAGCAUGUUUUUUGCUAUGACUGUGCUAUUUUACAUGAAAAAAAGGGAGAUAAGAUGUGUCCAGGCUGUAGUGAUCCUGUGCAACGAAUUGAGCAGUGUACACGAGGUUCUCUCUUCAUGUGUAGCAUUGUUCAAGGGUGCAAGAGAACAUACUUGUCUCAGAGAGACUUACAGGCUCAUAUCAACCACCGCCAUAUGAGAGCUGGAAAACCUGUUACCCGGGCUUCACUUGAAAAUGUUCAUCCUCCUCCUAUUGCCCCACCACCAGCUGAAAUCCCCGAUCGUUUUAUCAUGCCGCCAGACAAGCACCAUAUGAGCCAUAUUCCGCCAAAGCAGCACAUCAUGAUGCCACCUCCUCCUUUGCAACAUGUGCCCCACGAGCACUAUAAUCAGCCACAUGAGGAUAUUCGUGCUCCUCCAGCUGAAUUGUCCAUGGCUCCACCUCCACCUCGCUCAGUCAGUCAGGAAACCUUUCGCAUUUCAACAAGAAAACACAGCAAUUUAAUAACUGUCCCUAUUCAGGAUGACUCAAAUCCAGGUGCUAGAGAACCACCACCUCCUGCCCCCGCACCUGCUCACCAUCAUCCUGAAUAUCAGGGUCAACCAGUGGUCUCGCACCCUCAUCAUAUUAUGCCUCCACAGCAACAUUAUGCACCACCCCCACCUCCUCCACCACCAAUAAGCCAUCCAAUGCCACAUCCUCCCCAGGCUGCAGGCACUCCUCACUUGGUGUACAGCCAGGCUCCACCUCCACCAAUGACCUCUGCUCCACCACCAAUUACCCCUCCCCCUGGACAUAUUAUUGCCCAGAUGCCACCUUAUAUGAAUCAUCCUCCUCCAGGACCUCCCCCACCUCAGCAUGGUGGUCCACCUGUAACUGCACCCCCUCCUCACCAUUACAACCCCAACUCUUUACCCCAGUUCACUGAAGAUCAAGGAACUCUGAGCCCUCCAUUUACACAGCCAGGGGGAAUGAGUCCUGGUAUAUGGCCUGCGCCGAGAGGGCCACCUCCUCCUCCACGAAUGCAGGGUCCGCCUUCUCAAACCCCACUACCUGGACCACAUCAUCCAGAUCAGACAAGAUACAGACCGUAUUACCAAUGA